CUGCCCUUUCCCCGCCAGGUCAUCAGUCUCGACCCAGUCGCCGUACGAGCACCUCCUUCUCGCAGCAUUUCGCACUCUGCCAAGACGCCGCCGAUAUGAAGAUGAUAGUGGCCUUCCUUAUCCUGGGUUGCGUGGCCUCCUCUAGAGCCAUUUUCUUCGACCUCUUCAAGAAGGAAUCGCAGCAGGCUGAUCCCUGGCCUGCACAACCAGCAGACCCCUGGGCGCAACCUGUAAGUGCCUGGGCUAAACCAUCCUUCCAGCCUGUAAUCAAGGAGGUUCCUAUCUACAUCCCAUACCCUAAGCUGGAGCCCGUGCCCAUCUCCAAACCCGUGCCCAUAUUCAAGCCGGAGUUUGUGGAAGCCCCAAUCCCCGUGUAUAAGCCCCAGAUCGGCCUCCCAGACAAAUUCUUCAACUUCAAUGCUAACGUGGGACUCCAGAAGCAACCCCAGUACUACCAACAGCCACAACAGCCCUCAUACCAGCAGCUCCACCAGCAGCAGCCCCAAGAGCACCGCCAGCCCUCCACGCCCUCCACCGCCUACCAGGCACCCGAGUCCCAUCAUCAUCAUCAUUAGUGAGGAACCGCUGUAUUUCUCCAACUUAGUCUGAGGAUUUUUGAAGUGGAAUGCCUUUAAGGUCGAAGUCUCUACCGCCUUCAGUCUCUCCAUGAAGUUAUCGAGGUCGUCGCCAGGCAGUAUAGCCAACCCUCAUUUGAAUGGCGAGAAUCCUACAACAGACAACCGAUGAUACACCAAGAAUGAUAUCAAACUUUAUUUUAUGUAUUUUUUUAUGAGUGUCAUUUACUAUGGACUGUACUAAUUUCUUUUGUAAUUUAUUUGUUAUAAGUAUGUGAUUUUUUAUGUGAAUGGAUCUGUGAUUAUGACACAAUAAAAAAACAUUACCAAAAUAC